GUGUCUAGUAAGAAAAGUUGCUCGUGUGCUGACUCUUUCCUUUUUCUUUUCCUUUUCCUUUUCUUAGCGGCGUUGUCGUUGUUGUCGCUUCUACCCAACCAACAAACAAGUAAACGAGCACACGAAGACCAGCCACUCUGCCCCCGUCAUGGAUCCUCAUCUGAGUAAGGCGCAGAAGCCCUACGUGCCCAUCGACACCUGCAGCCCUGGUGGGACGUGGGUCGAGGAGCGGCGGUACAACCGCGUGCGUCCCACCGCGGCGGAGUACGCAGCCACCCUGGCCACCUCCUCUUCCUCCGCUGCAACCGUAGUGAAUGAGGGCGCCAGCAAGAGCAUCGACGGAGGCGCAGCGCCUCCACCGCCGCCGCAGCGCCCACGACGCGUCUUGUGCGGUAACUGGCAGGAGGAGGACGCACUGGAGCGCGAUUUGCUUGCCAUUCAAGUUGCCCAGCAGCAGCAGCAGCAACAAACGGCGGACAGCACGCAGAGCGCCGUGCCGAGUCACAUGCAGACUCUCUUGCAAUCCGGCUGGAGCCCGUCCGUCACGACGGAGGUGAUUACGCAGCAGAAGAAUGGCCACUACACCGGAGGACACACCAGCACGCCCUACCUCACGUGCGAUCCGCAGCACCCGAACCUGCGUGACCUCGACUCUACCUACCACGUCGACUACAACGCCACGAACGGCGACGUCAGCACGCAGCAACGGCCUGCGUUGGGGGUGCGCAGUCAGCGGCUGAUGGAGCAGGCCCUCGCGGCGGCGCGGGAGAUGAAAGCCGCCAACGACGCGGCCCGUCAGCGGCAGCUGGUGGAGUCGGAGAUGAACGUGUCCAACGCCAGUCGGGCCUUUGGACCCAACAUCUCCGAGUACCGCGCGACGAUGUGCGAUGCGCAGGAGGUACUGCCGGUGGUGGAGGAGCUGGCGACCGACUACCAGGAUGAUGAGCCGAUCACCGUGUACACUGGCAACCCGCACACAGGCAAGACGAUGACGGUGCACGGCAAGACGCCGGUAGACCCGAUGAGCUCGUCGCGCUUCGGUAAGCACACCCACUUCACCGAGAACAAGUACGCGUACUAA